AUGAGUAACGACGAGAACCAUCUAUCUUCCAGCGAUCCUUCGCGCAAGCGUAGUAGUUCAGCCCUUCAAUUGGGCCCGCAUAAAAAGGCGCAAGUCUUCUUCCAAGCGACUUCGUCAAGUCCCCUCGUUCUUCAUGGGCGACAUUUUGGUCGGACGGUGUUCGCCCUAUGCAACUAUCCUGCCCUUCUUACUGCAGGGAUUCUCCGACUCGAAGAACUACAAGACUCUCCCAUAGAGGACUAUCCAGCGGAAGUGUUCAUGGAUCUAAUAGAUUCAUAUCCUGGUCUUUUAGAUCGUCUCACGACGGGCGAGGAGGAGGAUGUUAGUCACAUUGGAGAAUUGCUGGGUAAAGGAGCGUCCGGUGCACGAGGCGACGAUACAAAAACUCUCAAAUCUGCUGUUCUCGAAUGGCUCGUACCCAGAGGACAGGUGGUCAUACCACCCCUCUCCCGUAAUAUUAAGUCUGACCGCGGAUUUAAUCAUGAAGUCACCGGUGCAUUGCUCUGCCCCGCGGGCCUUGACUGGUCAGAUAUAGUAACUAAGCUCAGUCUCAAGAGCGGUGAGACCGCAGUUCGCGGUGACCAGUGGCCCAUGUUUUUAUAUGCUAGGUAUGAAUAUGAUCCCGAAGAUCCAUGGAAGGGUUUACUAAAGGGUGAGAUACUCAUAUUUGGUUUUAAACAUGUAUUUACUUCCCCAAGUUCGGUGGAUAAAGAGCCAAAAGCUACGCGUUCUGGCAACGCCUACCUUCAUGGCAUGAAGUCUGUAACCAAAGGAUCACUGGCCUAUAUCGCUACACAGGUUCGGUUUGCGUUGAGUUCAUCGUCUGUAUUUUCACGCACGGACACGGUCACGGAUUCCGAAAAUUUUUAUCACAGCAUCCUCGACCUGUUAGAGGAUCCUGAUGAAAGUGAGGAGGUCGUUGACCUCAUGAUGUGGUGGACGCGCCGCAUCUUUCCUAAUUCAUCAUCUUCGCACCGCAAUAUCAGUCAAAACAGUGCGUUGUCUAAAAUUCGGGAAAAACGCGCCGCCUUACAAGCACGAGCUAAUCUUAACAUUACUUAA